UGAAAAGGGCAGGGAAGGGAAGGCGCGACGCGGCCGUUUAGCGACGUGACGCAUACAACAAUUGUUUACCAAAAUCCCGUAUUUAGUCUAAUAAACAUAUAGUUUCGCGUGUGUAAAUGACCGUUGUUGCGUUAUUUUGCACGUUAUAACAGCGCACAACCUGCAAGAAACCCGCUGUCAAACGUUAAAGCUAACUUUACAAAUACUGCGGAGACCUAGGAGUUGUUUUUUCUUUUCGCCAAAAUGAGAGGGGGAUCUUCCUUCGGUGACAGAGACAGGGACCGUGGACGAGACAGGCCACGGUUUGGGGCCAUGAGCGGUCGCAGUGGACCUCCACCAAUGAAGUUUGGGAAUCCUGGUGAGCGUCUCCGCAAGAAGAGGUGGAACCUGGACGAGCUGCCAAAAUUUGAGAAGAACUUUUACACCGAACACCCUGAUGUCCAACGCAUGAGUCAGUAUGAAGUGGAAGAGUUUCGCAGAAAGAAGGAGAUCACCAUCAGAGGCUCCGGCUGUUCAAAGGCAGUCACCGCUUUUCACCAGGCGCAGUUUCCUCAGUAUGUGAUGGAUGUGCUGAUGCAGCAGAACUUCAAGGAGCCAACAGCGAUCCAGUCUCAGGGCUUCCCUGUGGCUCUGAGUGGCAGGGACAUGGUGGGGAUCGCCCAGACCGGCUCUGGAAAGACACUGGCUUAUCUUCUUCCUGCUAUUGUACACAUCAACCACCAGCCCUAUCUGGAGAGGGGAGAUGGUCCAAUUUGUUUGGUGCUCGCCCCAACUAGAGAGCUGGCUCAGCAGGUUCAACAGGUUGCAUAUGAUUAUGGCAAGUCCUCCCGUAUCAAAAGCACCUGUGUCUAUGGUGGAGCACCCAAAGGACCACAGAUUCGAGACCUUGAGAGGGGUGUUGAGAUCUGUAUCGCCACUCCUGGUCGGCUCAUUGAUUUCUUGGAAUCUGGGAAAACAAACCUGCGGCGCUGCACCUACCUCGUGCUGGAUGAGGCUGACCGCAUGCUGGACAUGGGCUUUGAGCCACAGAUUCGCAAGAUAGUUGAACAAAUCAGGCCUGACAGACAGACUCUGAUGUGGAGUGCAACCUGGCCAAAGGAAGUUCGGCAGCUUGCCGAGGACUUCCUGAGGGACUAUGUCCAGAUUAAUAUUGGUGCUUUGGAGCUCAGUGCCAACCAUAACAUCCUGCAGAUUGUUGAUGUCUGUAUGGAGACCGAAAAGGACAACAAACUUUUUCAGCUGAUGGAGGAGAUAAUGGCAGAAAAAGAGAACAAAACCAUCAUCUUUGUGGAGACAAAGAAGCGCUGUGAUGAUCUUACCAGGAGGAUGAGGCGUGACGGGUGGCCAGCCAUGUGUAUCCAUGGAGACAAAAGCCAGCCAGAAAGAGACUGGGUACUCACAGAAUUUCGGAGUGGUAAAGCUCCUAUACUGAUUGCUACCGAUGUGGCCUCUCGUGGUCUGGACGUGGAAGAUGUCAAGUUCGUCAUCAACUAUGACUAUCCCAGCUCCUCUGAGGAUUACGUCCACCGUAUUGGACGUACAGCCCGCAGUACCAACAAGGGCACUGCCUACACCUUCUUCACCCCAGGGAACUUGAGGCAGGCUCGAGACCUUGUCCGGGUGUUGGCGGAGGCCCGGCAGGCCAUCAAUCCUAAACUGCUUCAGCUUGUGGACUCAGGGCGCGGAGGAGGAGGAGGAGGUGGUAGAAUGCGUUAUCGUGGCAGCAGCUCCAACAACCCUAACCUCAUGUAUCAGGAGGAGUGCGAUCGCCGCAUGCGCCCUGGUGGCGGCGGCGGUGCUGGUGGCAGCAACAAAGACAACCGCGGCAGCUUCAGUCGAGAUGGCCGUAACAGCCGCGAUGCAGACCGCUCCACGUCCUCCUCCUCUUCUUCCUCCUACAGGGACAGAAGUCGGGAUCGCAGGAAUAGCUACAACUCAGGCUCAGAUCAGUACCAGAGUUAUGGCGGCAGCGGGGGCUACAACUCCCGCAGCGGUGCCAAGUCCGGCGGGGGUGGAGGUCAGGAUCAGCCUAGUCAGCCUCAGGGUCAGUUUGGCCAGCCUCCUCCUCCUCCUCCUCCACCUCCAGCAUCAGGGAUCCUGCAGCCUCUGAUGGCUCAGCAGUUUGCUCCACCACAACCACCGCUCAUGGGCUUCAUGGGGCAACCACCUUAUCCUUUUACUUCUCCACCCCCUCCUCCUCCAGGUCCUCCACCUCCCCGCAAGUAGAAUUAUGAGAAGGGACCACUGAGUUAAUUUGUGCUACUUGGUGUAACUUUGUUUUAAAUCUCCAACUCUUAUCACCAAGAGCCGGGGGUCUGAAAAGAUAUAUAUCUAAGGAGGUAAGGGCUUGUAUUUUUGAUUUGUUUUGUACUUGUAAUACCACGUGUGGAAUUACAGUUUUCCCUAUAGAAAAGGAAACCUAGAACAUUUUACCCUUCAACAUCAAGUCUCACACAGUCACUCUCAAUCAUGUAUCCUGGAAAAAAACUAGCUUCAGGCAAAACCCUGCAGACUGGAUUUCACCAGUUUGUUGUGUUAGGAUGUGGUUAGAAUCAAUAACUGAGGCCUCAGUGAUUCGUGGUUGAGAUUGCUUGGAGAAAUAAUAGAUACCGUCACAUUCCACACGCCGUGUCUCAAAAAUCUUUGAUUUAUAUUGUUUGAGGGAGACUUUGAGCUUUUGACUAGCAAUAUAUUCAAAGUGUGGCAUUGAUUUUUAGGUUUGUUAUUCUGAACACUUCCAAGUUGUGAAUCUUCCCAUAGUUUUGAUACUAUGCAACCACUAUUCUAGUUUUGUUAGCGUGACUUUAGAUAUCCUUGAACUUUUUCCUGCCCUACAGUGUUUGUAUUUACUUGUAGCUGUUUCACUCACAUAUUGUUUUAAUACGCAGAUCAGCCGAUGCUGUCUCAUUUUCAUGUGGAUCGUUGACUAGAGUGAAGUUUGUUGCUUGUUUCCUCUUUCAUUCAUUGUUUUCUUUUUACAGUGCGUUCUUAAUAAAUACAUAAAUGACUCAAAG